AUGCCAGAAAAUAAAGAAGCGCGCGCGUUACCAUGUGGGCUUCUCGUUGAUCGGUCGGUGAAUGCCUGGAUUCACAAAUAUGACCCUGCAGACGUGCUGGCGGUCAGCAUCCGGUUGAACUCACGAGAUUGUGAUGUUCCGCUCGAAUACAAGAUACGAGCUCACGGCGUGGCCGAUCCGAAGCUUCGCGCCCUGGUGAGCACGGCUGGCGAUAGCGGUCGAAUCGGGGCCAACGAUUUGAAGCAGGUCUUUGUCCAAUUCCCGAAAUGCUGCUACCCCGGGAUUCGCCUAUCCAUCCAAGUAUCGGACGCCAUCUACCCGAUCCGCGUCAACUUUGACGAGCGCGUGUGCACCCCAGAGAAGCCGACACCAGAGUUUGCCAUCGGAAACGCGACGCCGUUGCGCAGCCUCCUCUCCGGCCACCCGACCCCGAUGAAGUUUCUCCUAUCCAAGGUUGCUCAAAAUCGACUCGGCUCCCCGGCACCGCCGGACCCCAAGCUUCUGACCCCGGACGGAUCAACGACGACGGACGCAAAGACUUCCGCUUCCGCCUCGUACACGCCGAUCCCCGAAAAUCCGCUCCCCGGCGUUACUGCUCAAGAGCUCGGACAGCUUGAGCGGCUUUUAAACAAUCUCCCCUACGUCACCGAGGAGGAUGUAUGGAGCCUCGUCUACUUUUCGAUCAUGGACAUGUUUGUGUCGAUGGGCCGACACUCGCGCGACUGGUUCAUGCAGGGCGGCCCCGAGGAACUCGACGCCAGCCACGAAACGGGACCGGAAUGUGAUGCUGACUUGACCCUCGAGCACAUGGCCGUGCUGGCGAUGAUCGAAACGUUGGGCGCAGCCCAGUCGCAACAAAGGGAAAAGGAAACGCUGGACGUCAUCGACGAAUUGGACGAAUCGGCGCCCAAGGCUCAAUUCUGG